AUGAAGAAGGCAGCUAAGCUUGCCCAGCCAAUGGCUAAAGCAUGUCAUGAGGAUGAUGAUGAGGCUAUGCAGGUUCACUCAAAAGAAAAUGUACUCGCAGUCUUGCCAGACAAGCAGAAAGACCCUAACAUUGUCACGGUGACAAGCAAGACGCAAAAGCCGGACUUGACCUGCAAGGUCUGCGGAAUUACUUCAACAAGCCAGAAAGCCAUGCAGGAUCACCUUGAAGGGAAAGCCCACAAGAGGAAGGUCUCUAAGCUUCCGCAGCCAAUGCCUGCUUUAAAGCUUCCUUCAAAAGCAAAUGUGCCAAAAGAUGCAUCCAUACUUUCGGCUGCAGAAAGUGACAAGAAGCAGAACUUGAACUUGAGCUGCACGUUGUGCGGCAUCCCAUUGACGAGUGAGAAGGCCAUGGAAGAUCACCUCAAAGGGAAGUCCCACAGGAAGAAAGCCAUGGCAUUGGUGCGUGAGGCGACAGAGCAUGUGCAGGAAGAGAAAGAGGAGAAAUGUAGCUUUACUCCCACAAAAAAGACGAUGAUGACCAAGGAUGGGAUGAUCCACGACGUGAUGCAGAUAGAUGAGAAAGAGGAGGAAGAUAGCUUUACUCCCACGAAAAAGACGAUGAUGACCAAGGAUGGGACGAUCCACGACGUGAUGCAGAUGAAUGGCUACGUUUUUUGCGAGGUGUGCAAUGUGAGAACCGCCGAUAUUGUCACUAUGAUGUGCCACCUCCAAGGGAUCAAGCACAUUUCCAAGGCCCGGCAGGAAGCUAGGAAGCCACCAGCAGAGACGGUUAUCAUUGCUACCUCUGUUGCUAAUGGCGAUCCACAAAUGGUAGCUAUGAGGAUCAACGGCGUGCCACACAACGUGCGCCGGGUGGGCGGCUCACUGCUGUGUGAGUUGUGCGAUGUGAAGGUGCCUGAGGCAUUGCAAGGCGUCAUGCAGUCUCAUUUGUCCGGGAAGAUCCACACCAAGAAACUAAAGGCCAUGGCUGCAGCUGUUGACAAGGGUGCAGUAGGGAAAGCUGAAGUAAUAACCAACGAUGUUGCUUUAGCAACCAAUUUCCACAUCACAGAGACUCCAGGUCAGGAGGAGAUGAUGGAUGAUGGCGCCGACUCUAUAGGUGGAUCUGAACUGGUAGAAGCCAAGUCCAAGGAAGCUUCUCUUGUCCCUGGGAAACCGGCAAUGGGAGCAUGUGUCCCGGAGUCCAUGGCACCAUAUGGAGGUGCAACGGUCGGGUGUCCAACUGCCAAAGUUGGAGAAAAUGAAGCAGACGCCGAAGGAAAUAGCUCGCCGAUGCAAGAGAUGGAUGCUGUCAAGACCAAUGGUAUCGUGGUCGUGCCUGCUGAUCAGGAUGAGGUCAUGUACCAGGUGGAGGGCAAAGAGUUCAUUGUGCUGCGGCAGCCAGAUGGUAGGCUCUCAUGCCGACUGUGCGACGUGCAUGGCUGUGAGAAGUACGACAUGAUCAAUCACCUCUACACCCAUUUGGGCAACGCCCAUCUUGCCGAUUAGAGGAGCAGGUAGCGGUCGCAUUGCCACCGAUAGUGAACAACAACAUUUCUGGAUCUGGCAAACAAUUACU